AUGGCGUCGAAAUCACCGACUUGGACGCGUCUCUACUCGUCGCCCGCGUCUCCCCAGAAGGAGGAGAAAGAGAAGGGCUCUGGCGCGACAAAGAAACCGAUUCCCGAGCCACGGCCGAGCUCUUCCAUUGUGCUGCUGUCUCCUACCAACGAGGUUCUUCUGCUGCAUCGAGUCAAGACGUCCACCUCAUUUGCAUCUGCGCACGUCUUUCCCGGGGGCAACUUGGACGCUUUUCACGACGGCGAUAUACCAGCUCCCGGAACAGAGGAUCGUCAUGUUGAUGGUCCGGCGUACAGGCUUGGCGCUAUUCGCGAGUGCUUUGAAGAGACGGGCAUUUUGCUUGCCUCGAAAGGCGGGCGUUUAGUUGAUUUGCCUCAGCAAGAGAGAGACGAGGCGAGGAAGAGGAUCCAUGGGAGCCAGAUCAAGUUUGCGGAUUGGUUGAAGGAGAUUGGCGCAGAAGCUGACCUGGAUGGACUCGUCCCUUUCACGAGAUGGGUAACUCCAGUCGGCGUCCCGAAGCGCUUCACCACUCAGAUGUACCUAUAUCUGCUCCCCAUUUCACGCACCGACGUGCCAUCCGAGAUGCUGGUUCCAACACCAGAUGGCGGCGUCGAGCACACCGAGGCUCUCUUCGCUCCUCCGCAGACGUUUCUCUCACGCGUUGCCGCCAAUGACAUCAUUCUCUUUCCGCCUCAGGUGUACAUCCUCUCGCUUCUCACAAAGUUCCUCAAGGGGCUGACGGCUUCAGUAGAAGAGGGUCCUCUUCACUAUACGAAGCAGCGCAGGGAGCUUCUCAGAUUCGUAAAGGCGAUUCCGACGGCGGAUACAGAAAAGGGUCGUGAACAUGCCACGGCCAGCAUUCCGUGGGCGGACAAGGUGAUGAGUCCGUACCACUUGUUCGUCAGGAAGAGCGAUAAGAGAGUUGUGCUUGGUCUGGAAAAGCCGGGGCCGGAGCUCAAGGACUCGGGGAGAGGAGGUGACUGGGAGAGGGUCGUGUUGGUGAGUUUCGGCAAGGCUGGGCCUUCUCGGGUGGAGGUUCGGCUGAGAGAGGAUGUGCUGAGGGAAGAGAAGGAGGCUGCCGCUGGAGAGUCAAAGCUGUGA